ACCUAAUAGAGUAUAUUGGUAGUCGUUCAUUGAUUAAACACCAUCUAUUACCAUUAUUACGUACGUUCUGUUGUUUCUUUCGUUUUUUUCUGUUUUUGUACUUUUAUUCUUUGUCUUUGUGCGAAGGCUUCCAACAUGCAUACAUGAACAAUUUAUUCAGUUUUGGCGCAGCACUUCGCCAGACAACUACAAAAAGCCAAAGAAAAAAAUUACUGUGAAAACAUACUAACAAAAUAUGUACAAGAUACAUACUAUAUAAAUAAUAAUAAUAAAGUUAGUAAAAAUAAGUUAAAAACGUUGUAUUUAAUUCGACGUUAGAACUAAAGUCAAUCAUUUGAUACAAAACUAUUAAAAUAUUACCGUUAAAGACGUGUUUAAAUUUGGUUAUUUUUUGUAAAAAAAGUGUAAUAAAAACAUAUUUCAAAUACCUAUAAGCAAACAAAAAGGAAUCAAACAACUUUAAACAUAUAAUUAAAUAAAAAAAUGGACUCUUUUCUGAGUCUUUUUGAUCCAAAUCAACCAGAUGAUGGUUUUGAUGAAGAACCCGAUUUACGUAACAGUAAUUCCAGUGAUUCAAAUACAAAUAUCAGUAGUGGUCAAAGUGGCAAUUCUGGCGGCAGUAGCAGUGAAAGUGAAUUGGAUAAUCGCAAUAAUAAUUCCAACAGCAACAACAAUAGCAGCAAUAAUAAAAAAAUAAUAAUUGAUUUUGAUCAAGGUAUAUUGCCACCCGAACCACAACUAGGAAAUAUUGAAUACAAAUUAAAGUUAAUAAGUCCGUCAAAACAAAGAUUUGAACAUUUGGUAACACAGAUGAAAUGGCGUUUGAGAGAGGGACAUGGCGAAGCCAUCUAUGAAAUAGGGGUAUCUGAUUCCGGUCAUCUGCAUGGUCUCAAUGAGAAAGACAUGAAUGCAUCUCUCUGUACGCUUAAACAAAUGGCCCAUAAAUUGGGCGCCAGUACAUCGGUAUUAAGGCGAAAAUAUGUGGCAGGCCGCAGAUCAGUAGCUGAAGUUUUGGUGCGAAAAAUACCAGAUGAUCAGCACAAUAUUGAAGUGAGGGUAGCUGUUUUAGGUGGUGCAGAUGCUGGCAAAUCCACACUAUUGGGUGUAUUAACGCAAGGUGAAUUUGACAAUGGCCGAGGAAGAGCACGUUUAAAUAUGUUUAGGCAUAUGCAUGAAAUACAGUCGGGUCGCACAUCCUGUAUUUCACAUGAGACUCUGGGUUUUGAUGCCCAAGGAAAUAUAAUUAAUUACAAAUACAAUGAAAUGAUGACAGCAGAAGAAAUUAGUGAUCGUUCUACAAAACUAGUGACAUUUAUGGAUUUGGCCGGUCAUCGGCGUUACAUGCGCACCACAGUUCAAGCUUUAUCUGGAUAUUCACCACACUAUGCCAUGCUAGUUGUGUCCGCCGGCGGUGGCUUUAAUGGUACUAGUCAAGAACACUUAUCAAUUGUGCGAGCUUUGGAUAUGCCCUUCUUUGUGGUCAUAACAAAAACAGACAUCACUUCUCCCGAGCAAACUAUACAAGAGCUUAAGAAUUUGCUAACCUCGAUCGGUUGUCGAAAAGUACCGUUUGUUGUGACAAACACUGACGAAGUUAUAUCGGCUGGUUCGAAUCAAUUUUCCGAAAACAUUGUACCCAUAUUCUGUGUAUCUAAUGUAACGGGCUCUGGCUUAAAUCUAGUCACUCGUUUUCUCUAUGUUCUUUCGCCUGGAGUUAGCAAUUCGGAAAAGGAACGCCUUGAACAGGAAUCAUGUGAAUUUCAUAUAGAUGAAAUAUUUCGUGUAUCUGAAGUUGGUCCAGUUGUGGGUGGUUUAUUGGUAAAAGGUGUCCUAACAGAAAAUAUGCCCAUGAAAAUAGGACCACUACCUUGCGGUAGUUUUCAUUCAGUUACUGUUCAUACUAUACAUCGUAAUAAGGCACCAUGUCGAGUAGUUAGGGCUGGUCAAAGUGCAUCACUAUCGUUUACACCAAAUCAACAAUUACCAUCGUUACGUAGUGGCAUGGUUCUACUAGCUGAUUCUGGAAAUAAUGACGAUGAGCCGUGUGGUACACUAUUUUUCCAGGCCAAAGUAUCGGUAUUAUUUCAUGCUACUGCCAUUUAUGUGGGAUUCCAGACAACUGUACAUAUUGGUAGUAUAAGACAAACAGCCAUUAUACGCGGCAUAAUGGGCGGCGAAAAAAUUGGCACUAAUGACAGUGCAUCAGUGAUGUUUCAAUUCGUUGGCCAUCCUGAGUAUGUACGUCCCGGCAUGCGAGUACUAUUCCGCGAAGGAUCUAACAAAGGAAUAGGCGUGGUAACACAAGUUUUUCCCCUUAACAAAGCCAUAGGACAACGUUAAAACGACCGCAAAACUAAAAUAAUUUUAAUUGUUACAAAGUACAUUUUAACUAAGUAGAAAAAAAAUAACUCUUAACUUAUACAGAAACGCCUACAUUUCGAAAUCCCUCAAACAAAUUGUACCUCAGAUAUUGUAGAAAAAAAUAUAAUUUUUUCACUUUGGACUUGAAUAUUUUUAGUAUAGAAUUAUUUUUUAUUUAACCUUAAAAGGAAUAAGCGAUUUAAGCACAUUUUAGAAAUGUUUCUCUUUUUUAUAAAGUUGUAAAAAUAUAUACCAUACAUACAUAGGUUUUUGUGUAUAGAUCCUGAUAAAUAUUUAAUAUUUUUUUCAGUAAAUUAAGGAAUUAAUGAAGUAUUUUUUAUUUUUGUUGUUUCAGUUUUUUACUGUGAUUUUUAAUUUAUAUUAAUACAGACAA